AAUAAUGCAUUAAAGCUAUCGUGAAUGUAGAUUUUGUGUCGCGUUAAACGAUGAGUAAAUUCCAGGAGAAUAUCAAACACUUGAUCCCGAGACCGAAAACACCAGUCGUCAAACCCCCGAUGUACCGUUCGAUUUACACCGAAUCUGUGAGGAGAACGUACAAGUCGAACAAUAACUGCCAUAGGACUAUGGGCUAUGCCGAAGUCGAGCUCGACCCGCCGUCUCAGUUUCUAAAAAAACACACCAGAAAAGAGACGAGACCAGUCAUCGUCGAAAUUAAUAAAACCAGAUGCUGUGCUAGAAAAUCGAUUCAGCGRCCGUGCGAAGGCUCAGCGACAAAUGUCUCCAAAAAACUUCCAACGAAAACGCGGAAAAACAUUAGGCAAACUAACAUCAUUGACGUUAUAAAGAGGGUGCCACCAUUGCCAAAGCAUCGAGUCCAAGACACGAGGAAUGGACACGUAAUUGUUCUGAACGAAGCCGGACUGGAGCCAACGUACGUGUCCAAAAAGAAUUAUGGAAAAACACCGGCAUACAUCGUGAAAAUGUACAAGGAAAAAGAAAUGGCCCAAUUGAUGGAGACCGAACGAAAACGAGCUGUAAAACCUCCAUUCCGCUAUUUGCCCGAAAGCGAACGUAACGAAAUGUUAAACGGACUGAAGUCAAACUGGGCUGAACUUCACAAGGAAUUCUUACUGUUGCCAAUGCUCACCGACACGGUACCAAAAAUGAAAAGGAAAACCAUGUUGGAAAAGCAAUUGAACGACUUGGAGAAAGACAUCGACCUGUUAGAGAGAAACCCCUCCAUUUACGUAUGCCAAGAUGCAUAGAUCUAUGAAAACUUCGAGUUCCUUCUGCGGGUCCAACAAAUAAUACAUCACAGUUAAUAAUAUUAUUUUAAAUUCUCAUAAUAUCGUCAAUACAAGUAAUAGUUAGGUAUAAUACAUUAAGUCAACUGAACCAUUUUUUUAAUAUUAAAAUUGUUCGUCGAUGAUGUACUGCAAUACGUGUAUUAUAAUAACGAUGACGUCAUAAUCAUACAUUUGGCAUUUCCUACAACGGUUACUUCUGAAGUAAUAUCGAUUUAAAAUAAUCGUAUUWUUUUUUUAUGAAACCAUUAAAAUUAGGGUUAUAGUUAGGUUCGUAUAAAAUCACAUUAAGGCAAUCAAAGGUAAAAUUUGUGAUAACACAAUAGAAAAUUAACUGUUCCUUUCAUAUUUAAUGGACCUAUCAAACGGAAAUUUACCAGAAAUGUUUAAUAUAUAUAA